AUGGCACUCCACAACCACAACCUUGCUUUAGCUUUUGGCCUCCUCGGCAACAUCGUCUCCUUCUUUGUAUAUUUGGCUCCACUGCCGACGUUCUUCAGAAUCGUGAAGAUGAAAUCGACGCAAGGGUUUCAGUCCUUACCCUACUCCGUCGCGCUGUUCAGCUCGACGCUGUAUCUGUACUACGCUUCCUUGAAAAAGGAGGCCUUCAUGCUCGUAACCAUCAACUCCAUCGGCUGCGUCAUCGAGUCCGCCUACCUCCUCAUUUUCUUCGUCUACGCCUCCAGAUCCGUUAGGAUACACACCGCGAAGCUGCUGAUCCUGUUCAACACGGGCGCCCUCGCGGUGAUCAUGCUGUCCACCGCGCGCUUCGUCGUGCACAGCUCCCACCUCAGGAUCAACAUCGUCGGUUUCGUCUGCGCCGUCUUCUCCGUCUGCGUCUUCGCCGCCCCACUCAGCAUCAUCCGACGAGUGGUGAAGACCAAGAGUGUUGAGUUCAUGCCCUUCUCGCUAUCGCUGUGCCUCACGCUCUGCGCCGUGUUCUGGCUCAUUUACGGCCUUGCCAUCGACGAUUACUACAUUGCAACUCCAAACAUCUUGGGAUUCGCGUUCGGGUUCACGCAGAUGGUGCUGUACUUGAAGUACUACAAGAAGGGGAGGACGGAGGUGUUGCCCGCGGAUAGCAGUACCAGAUCGUCUCAAAUACUAAGCAAGAUGAGGGAGCUGGAUGUUGAUCCUGUUAAGCAGCAGAAGGUGGCGAGUAAUAAGAAGGAUGAUGUGAUUGUCACCAAUGCAAAUGUGGACAGUGUUGUGGUUGUUAGCACUGAGGACAACACCCAGCAGGUGAUAAUCUCCGUGACUAUAGCCAAGUCUGCGGAAGAUGAAAAAGAGGAACGAGGUGGUGGUGAUGGCGAGGAAGUUGGGAAAGAAGGAACUGCAGCAGCAGCAGCAGCUGUUGUUGCAGGAAGCGAGCUCAAUGUAUGA